CAGAAUAUCCCGAUUCCAUUUCCCUCUCUCUCUCUCUCUCUCUCUCUCUCUCUCUCUCUCUCUCUCUCUCUCUCAGAUCGAACGCCGGUGACGGAAAACUUCAGCGGAACUAACUCUCGCACGGUGAUCGCCGGUUAUAUAUAUUUCCUUUGAUAAGGAGUAUCUAUCUUUUGUUGAAGUAAUGGGGUCAAAAUCAUUCGGAAACCUCUUAGACUUGGCCUCUGGGGAUUUUCUUGACAUUCCUCACACUCCCAGACCUCUUCCAAGAGUUAUGACAGUUCCUGGCAUCAUCUCUGAUGGAUGUGAUUCAGAUGCCAUCUCAUUAUUGCCUUGCCGCGACCGCAAAAUCAUCGUGGCCAACUUCCUUCCUUUAAAUUGUAAAAAGGAUUCAGAAACUGGGCGGUGGACAUUCACCCUUGACAAUGAUUCUCCCCUGUUACAUCUCAAGGAUGGAUUCUCUCCAGAGACCGAAGUCAUUUACGUUGGAUCACUCAAAACAGAUGUUGACCUCAUCGAGCAAGACGAGGUUUCUCAAACGCUUCUCGAGGAGUUCAGUUGCGUACCCACUUUCCUCCCACAAGACGUGCACAGAAAAUUCUACCUCGGCUUUUGUAAACAGCAGCUAUGGCCACUCUUCCACUACAUGUUACCCAUGUGCCCUGACCACGGCGAACGCUUUGACCGUGGUCUCUGGCAAGCAUACGUUUCCGCCAACAAAAUAUUCGCGGACAAGGUGAUGGGUGCGAUUAACCUCGAGGAAGAUUCCAUCUGGAUUCACGACUAUCAUUUAAUGCUUCUCCCAACGUUCCUGAGACGGCGUUUCCACAGGGUGAAGCUUGGUUUCUUCCUCCACAGCCCGUUCCCUUCUUCCGAGAUUUACCGAACCUUGCCUGUUCGAGAGGAGCUGCUAAGGGGCCUCCUCAACUGUGAUUUGAUCGGCUUCCACACCUUUGAUUACGCGCGGCAUUUCUUGUCGUGCUGCUGUAGAAUGCUUGGGUUGGAGUACGAAUCCAAGAGAGGACAUAUCGCUCUCGACUACUUGGGCCGUACGGUUUUCAUCAAGAUUCUUCCUAUUGGUAUUCAAAUGGGGAGGCUCGAAUCCGUUCUGAAUCUUCCCGCUACCGCUGAGAAACUUAAAGAGAUCCAAGAGAAGUACCAGGGUAAGAAGGUGAUACUCGGUGUUGAUGACAUGGAUAUAUUCAAAGGUCUGAGUUUAAAGAUUUUAGCCUUCGAACACCUCUUACAGGAGUAUCCCACCAUGCUAGGGAAGAUAGUUCUGAUUCAGAUCGUGAACCCGGCGAGAGGAUCAGGUAAAGACGUUCAAGAAGCCAAGAAAGAGACGUAUUACACUGUUGAUAGAAUCAACGAGCGUUACGGUUCCCCUGGUUACGAGCCGGUGGUUCUGAUUGAUCGUCCUGUUCCUCGGUUCGAGAAGUCUGCCUAUUACGCCUUGGCGGAAUGCUGCGUAGUCAAUGCGGUGAGAGAUGGGAUGAACUUGGUUCCGUACAAGUACACUGUUUGUCGUCAGGGGACUCCUGAAAUGGAUAAAUCUCCUCCUCCUCGCACAAGCACGCUUGUUCUGUCCGAGUUCAUUGGUUGCUCUCCUUCUUUAAGUGGUGCCAUUAGGGUUAAUCCUUGGGACGUUGACGCGGUCGCUGACUCUAUUUACUCUGCUCUCACCAUGUCUGAAUCCGAGAAGCAGCUAAGGCAUAAGAAACACUAUCAGUACAUUAGCACACACGAUGUGGCGUACUGGUCGCGCAGCUUUACGCAGGAUCUGGAGAGGGCGUGUAAGGAUCAUUACGGUAAAAGGUGCUGGAGUGUGGGUUGGGGUUUAGGUUUUAAGCUCAUCGCGCUCUCUCCUAAUUUCAGAAGACUGUCCAUCGAGCAGACUGUCAGUGCUUAUAGAAGAUCGAGCAAGAGAGCGAUAUUUCUUGAUUAUGACGGUACUUUGGUCCCAGAGACCUCGAUUGUAAAGGAACCAAGUGCUGAUGUGAUCUCUGCGUUGAAGACGCUGUGCAGUGAUUCUGAUAACACUGUGUUUAUUGUUAGUGGGAGGGGGAAAGUUUCUUUAAGCGAGUGGCUUGCACCGUGUGAGAAUCUUGGAAUAGCAGCUGAACACGGUUACUUCACAAGGUGGAAUCAGACUUGUGAGUGGGAAACAAGCGGCUUUUCUAAUGACCUUGAAUGGAAGAGAAUCGUGGAACCAAUCAUGAGACUGUAUGCAGAAACUACGGAUGGAUCUACUAUAGAAGCAAAAGAAAGUGCUCUAGUGUGGCAUCACCAAGAUGCUGACCGGGACUUUGGUUCUUGUCAAGCCAAGGAACUUCUGAACCAUCUAGAAUCUGUUCUUGUAAAUGAGCCCGUUGUGGUUAACAGAGGUCACCAAAUCGUUGAAGUUAAGCCUCAGGGAGUAAGCAAAGGUCUUGUCACCGGGGAAGUUCUUAGCAAAAUGAUUGGAGAAGGGAAUGCACCGGAUUUUGUGGUAUGCAUUGGGGACGACAGAUCAGACGAAGAGAUGUUUGAGAGCAUAACAACAACACUCUCGGCUCAGCCAUCGUCAGAGAUAUUCGCGUGUACGGUGGGAAUAAAACCGAGCAAAGCCAAGUACUUUCUGGAUCAAGUAACCGACGUGGUGAAGCUUCUUCAGGGACUUGCCAACACUUGUUCUAGCCCAAAGCCUAGCUACCCUUCUCACCUUAGAGUCUCCUUCGAAAGCGUGGUAUGAGUAAGCUGUAAAUCAGAGGUCAACUCAGAGUUGUUUAGGAGACAACUGUGAAACCAUGAAAAGAAACAUGAUUUGUACAUAGAAAACAGAAAGAAAACAAAGACAAAACUCAUUGUCGUGGUUUGAUAAUUAUUUAAGAAUCAUGGGCAAGAGACGAGCUCUUUCGCUCUCUUGUGUGAUUUACUUUUUUUUUUCA